UGUUUUACACCACUACCACGAGUAGAGGCAACUCGCGUUCCUCGUCGUGCGAGAGCGGCUCUGUUCCCAUCGCGGUGGAGCUCUCGCGGUCUACAAUUUGGGCUACUCCUUCGAACUACCUGCCUUUAUCCGUUCUGAAAUCUACCCUCUCUCUCUCUCUCUUCGGUCUCUCUCUUUCUCUGCCAGAAGCAUCAAUGGCAGAGAACCGAGGAGUUGCUGCCAAUCGAUCUAACAGCAGAAGCUGCAAUUUCAGAGAAGGGAGUCUCCUCACGAAGCUGAAAACGACGGGAAAUCUCCGAAACAUUUCAACCCUUUCUCUUAUCAAACGUCGUUUCUACAGAUGGGAUUCUUCCCCUCCAGCAAAUUGCUGCAUUUUGAGCGCGGUUUACCAUGAGAAAUCCAGAUCAACGAUAUUGAAAUCUUCAAAACAAAGGAGUGUCCCACUCUUCGUGAUGAUGCCAAUUGAUGCAUUCGGCAUUGAUACUGCUGGGGUUCCAAAGAUUAGAAGAAUCAAGGCCUUAACUAUGUCUCUGAAAGCACUCAAGUUGGCAGGUGUUCAUGGAAUUGCGGUUGAGGUUUGGUGGGGACUAGUAGAGCGGUCUUCGCCUUUCACAUAUAACUGGUUUCUGUAUGAAGAGCUCUUUAAGCUAAUAUCUGAGUCUGGUUUGAAGUUACAUGUUGCAUUAUCUUUCCAUGCUAGCAUGCGAUCAUCAUCUAAUGCGAAGGGCUAUGUGAGUCUUCCACUGUGGGUUGUUGAGAUUGGUCGUCUUAAUAGAGAUAUUUAUUACCGAGAUCAAUAUGGAUUCUCAAAUGAUGAUUAUCUUACAUUGGGUGUGGACCAAGUUCCUUUGUUCUGUGGCCGGACUGCCCUCCAAUGCUAUGAAGAUUUUAUGUUCAGUUUCAUAUCCAAGUUCGGAUCACUUUUAGGAAGUAUCAUUGAAGAAGUAAGCAUUGGUCUUGGUCCUUCUGGGGAGCUAAGGUAUCCAGCUCAUCCAUUCAACGAUGGCAGAUGGAGUUUCCCUGGAAUUGGUGAAUUUCAGUGCUACGAUAAAUACAUGAUGGAGGACUUGAAGAUUGCUGCUUGCCAGGCAGGAAAACCUGAGUGGGGAAACAAGUGUCCACAGAAUGCUGGGUGUUACAACAGUCGUCCAUCUGGAGUCCCUUUCUUUGGAGAAGGAGAAGAAAGCUUUCUCUCUGAUUAUGGCAGUUUUUUUCUAGAGUGGUACAGUGGAAGGCUCAUCCAUCAUGCAGAUGCCAUUCUUGCUAAGGCUGCUAAUAUGCUGAAAAAAUAUCAACAAGACAGAUCUGACUCUGUUUUACUGGUGGCAAAAAUUGGUGGAAUAUAUUGGUGGUACCAGACAGAUUCACAUGCAGCUGAACUCACAGCAGGUUAUUAUAACACUGCUUUGAGGGAUGGUUAUGAUCCCCUGGCUUCAGUGUUAUCUAGACAUGGAGCUGCUUUACACAUUUCCUGCUUAGAAAUGCAUGACAGUGAAGUCCCGUCAACCUAUCUUUGCAGCCCGGAGGGUCUACUUCAGCAGAUAAGGGAAGUGUCAAAGAAAAGAAUAGUACACUUGACUGGAAGAAAUGCAAUUGAAAGAUUUGAUAAGGCCGGAUUAUGCCAAAUACUAGCUAACUGUUACCAUCCACAAGCAGAAACUUUAAGAUCUUUUACUUACUUUCGGAUGAAUGAUAAGAUUUUUCGGGUGGAGAACUGGAACAACUUUGUGCCCUUUGUUCGAAAUAUGAGCAAAGAUAUGUAAAAUCAUGUACCUUUUUUUUCAUUUUUUGAUAAAAACUUUUGUAAUCUCUAGAACUGUUAAUCCAUCAAACAGAUUUGCACUUGUAAAAACUCCAUGGGCACAAAGGUUUGCUAAUUCCAUGUGUAUAAUACAACCAGCCCCUAUACAUACGGUA